AUGACGGAAGACGAGAGCAAGAAAGAAUCGAAAACGUACGAAGAGCGAUGCGAAGCCGUGAAUGUGAUCUCGCAUCCACUUGCGUCCAAAAAGAGCACAAAGAAAGCACACAAACUGGUCAAGAAGGCUGCGGCUGCCAAACAUAUCCGACGAGGCGUCAAGGAAGUCGUCAAAGGGUUGCGUAAAGGAGAGACCGGGGUCGCUAUUCUUGCGGGCGAUAUUUAUCCCGUUGACGUUAUCUCGCAUCUUCCGGUGCUCUUGGAAGAAAAGAAUAUUCCGUAUGUGUUCGUUCCUUCAAAGCAAGAUCUUGGGGCAGCGGCUUCUACCAAGCGCCCAACGUCAUGUGUUUUGAUUCGGGUGCCAAAGAAAGACUUCGAUGGACAGGAUCUUUACGAUGCUUUGGUAAAGGAGGGGAAGGAAUAUGACCCUACUUCGGUAGCAGUCCGGUAG